CUGAUUUAUUUGCAGAGAGGUAGAAUAAGCUAGAUGCUAGUAACUGGCUUCAUCGACUUGUUCAGAGUUUGUGCUUGGAGGGUUGGUGUAAUUCACUAAGGUCAGUCUGCAUCCAGGCGAGAAUUCUGUGUUUCCAUGGCUGUUGGCUGAUGCGCAAAACUAUGCGGCAACACUGGCUGCUCCUUGGGGCUUGCGGCUGGGUGCUGUUCAUCCUGAUGUUUGUCAGCAAAUUCAUCAGUUUCAGAGCUGCAGAUGAAUAUGUAGAGAGCAGUGGCGCUCAGAGCUGGACGGUGUUGGGAACUAAAUGGGUUCGGCCCACUCGUGUGUCCAAGCUGGCUUUAAAUCCAUCACAUCAGCCCUCAGCGAUCCAUUCCGCAGCAGAUUGGCACUCAGUCUCUGAGAAGCGGAUCGAGCAGCUUUCCACGAUAUGUAAGAACAGCACCCUCAGGCAUUUGACUCGUGUCUCCAUCAGCAAGUUUGUCCUGGACCGUAUAUUUGUCUGUGACAAACACAAGAUCUUGUUCUGCCAGACGCCCAAAGUGGGCAACACACAGUGGAAAAAGGUCCUCAUUGUACUCAACGGAGUGUUCUCCACUGUGGAAGAGAUCCCAGAGAACCUUGUUCAUGAUCACGAAAAAAACGGCCUGCCACGUCUCUCAUCAUUCACUCCGCAGGAAGUUACGCACAGAUUGAACACCUAUUUUAAAUUUUUCAUUGUGAGAGAUCCAUUUGAGCGCCUGAUUUCUGCAUUCAAAGACAAGUUUAUAAAGAACCCACGCUUUGAGCCUUGGUAUAAGCAUGACAUAGCUCCAGCCAUUAUCCGUAAGUACCGCAAGAGCCACCGCGACAGCGACAACACCGCCUCUGGACUGCACUUUGAGGACUUUGUCCGGUACUUGGGUGACAUGGAAGGCCGCAGUCGUAUGGACCGCCAGUUUGGCGACAACAUCAUCCACUGGGUUACUUACACAGAGUUAUGCGCACCGUGUGAAAUCCAGUACAGCGUGGUGGGUCACCAUGAGACACUGGAGCAAGACGCCCCCCACAUCCUCAGAGCAGCAGGCAUCGAUCAGUUGGUGUCCUAUCCGGCCAUUCCUCCAGGCAUCACCCGCUACAACAGGUCCAAGGUGGAGCACUACUUCUCAGGCAUCAGCAAGCGGGACAUCAGGCAUCUUUACGCUCGGUACCAGGGUGACUUCCUCAUGUUUGGUUACCCAAGUCCUGAAUUUCUACUGAACUAAGUGGGCACUCCUUAC